GGCGGGAGAGAGCGUGUGCGCGGUAGAGAUGUGAACAUUGACUGGAAACAAUCUCCUGUUAGGUAAAAUAAACUACAGUUUUUCGAUAUCGCACUGUCUCCAGUCUCUCAACAUGACAUCAGCUGGAAACACCUGCGAUGACGAGGACACUUUCAAGAUCCUCAUUGCCACAGACAUUCACCUGGGUUACCUGGAGAAAGAUGCUGUCAGGGGAAAUGACACGUUUGUGACGUUUGAUGAGAUCAUGAAAUAUGCCAUGCAGAAUGAGGUUGACUUUGUUUUGCUGGGCGGGGAUCUGUUUCAUGAUAACAAGCCAUCCCGCAAGACUAUGCACUGCUGCAUGGAGGUGAUGAGGAAGUACUGCAUGGGUGACCGGCCAAUUGUCUUUGAGAUCCUCAGCGAUCAGGCUGUCAAUUUCAGUCACAGCAAGUUUCCAUGGGUUAACUACUUGGACGAGAAUCUCAACAUCUCCAUUCCUGUUUUCAGUGUACAUGGUAACCAUGACGACCCCACAGGGGCUGAUGGUCUGUGUGCUAUAGACCUGUUGAGCUGUGCUGGUCUGGUCAAUCAUUUUGGCCGCAGUCAAUCAGUGGAAAAACUUGAGAUCAGUCCGGUUCUCCUGCAGAAAGGAAGCACCAAGAUUGCACUUUACGGCAUCGGUUCAAUUCCAGACGAGAGGCUCUACCGGAUGUUUGUUAAUAAUCAGGUGACCAUGCUCAGACCCAGAGAAGAAGAGGAGAGCUGGUUCAACUUAUUUGUCAUCCAUCAAAACAGGAGUAAACAUGGGGCGACUAACUACAUCCCCGAGCAGUUUUUAGAUGAUUUCCUGGAUCUGGUGGUGUGGGGUCAUGAGCAUGAAUGUAAGAUCGCUCCGGUCCGUAACGAACAGCAGCUGUUUUAUGUCACACAGCCUGGCAGCUCCGUGGUCACCUCGCUGUCACCAGGAGAAGCCGUCAAAAAGCACAUUGGGUUAUUGCGAGUGAAAGGUAAAAAAAUGAACCUUCAGAAAAUUCCCCUACAGACCGUGAGGCAGUUUUUCAUUCAGGAUGUCACUCUCUCUGACCACCCUGACCUGUUCAGUCCAGAGCAACCCAACGUCACGCUGAAAGUCCAAGCUUUCUGCCAGGAGAAGAUUGAGGAGAUGCUCGAAGAGGCAGAGAGAGAGAGACUCGGAAACCCACUAACCCCUGAGAAACCUCUCAUCAGACUCCGGGUGGAUUAUAGUGGGGGUUUUGAAGCGUUUAAUACCAUGCGCUUCUGUCAAAAGUUCGUCGAUCGGGUGGCAAACCCUAAAGAUAUCCUGCAUUUUAUUAGACACAGAGAGGCCAAAGACAACGUUAAAGAAGAAGGGAUGGAUUUUGAAGCAUUACUCUCUCGUCCUGCCUCGGAGGUUUUACAGCUGAGAGUGGAAGAUCUCGUGAAGGAAUACUUCCAGACUGCCGAGAAGAAUGUGCAGUUGUCUCUGUUGACGGAGCAAGGCAUGGGCAAGGCAGUGCAAGAGUUUGUGGAUAAGGAAGAAAAAGAUGCUAUCGAAGAACUCAUAAACUACCAACUGGAGAAAACGCAGCGCCACCUGCGAGAACGACGAGUCGAGGCCACAGAGGAGAAGAUCGAUGAGGAGAUUCGACGAUUUCGAGAAUCAAAGAAAAACACAGCAGAGGAGGAUGAGGAAGUAAAAGAGGCUAUAAAUCGUGCGAAAGCUCACAGGGACCGCGGUGAUCCUGUGAGAGAUGAUGAUCUUAAUCUAUCGGAUGAUGCUGCUGCCAUGGAGACGGAUGAGGAAGCCGCUCCUGCUCCUCCAAUCCGUGGAAGGGGGCGGGGCUCCAGAGGAGCAAGAGGUCAAAGUACGAGCAAAAGAGGAAGAGCGCGAGGUGCUGCGUCGCAGUCGGGCCGGGGCGGACGUGGACAGAAAUCUCUCUCAAGUCCAGUGAAAUCCAAGUCAAUAAUGGACGCCUUCCAGGCUCCGACUCAUAGGAGCUCUCGUGCGAGCGUGCCAAAGUCCUAUGCUGAAGAGAUCACUAUAGAGGACAGUGACUCAGAUGACAACGUAUCAUUUGGCAAGGCUUCUCGGGCCCCACAUAAGACAUCUUCAUUAAGCUCCAGAGGAAGAGGUUCCCAGAGCCAAAGUCAGUCUUUUAAAGGAGUGUGCUUUGAUGACAGCGACGAUGAGGAGUUUGAUCCGUUUAAGGGCUCAAGACGACAGAGAUGAGAUGAGAUGAGAUGACUGAAUCCAAAUACCUUCUCUUCAUUAAUGCCGUUCAUAUCGCCGUUUGUUCAGAGACUUGAAUAACAAACUUGUUUUAAGUUUAUGAUUAACUUGAACAUAUGUUUAGUAUAAAAAACUUUUUCAAUGUGAGUUAAACAAUGUUGUCAUUUAUAGUAUAGUACAUCGUUGUCCCAGGGAUUUAUUCAUGCGUUUAUGUGUUGAUCAGAGCAAAAGUGUUUCAAGAUUAUCUUUCUUGAUAUUAAAAGCACAGACUGUCCCUUUUUCCUUUUGUCUACCUCACAAUAACUAGGGAAUAUGAUUUUUAGUCACAUAAUCUUCCAGUUUUUUUCCUCUCCACAGGUUGUUUAGUGAUGAGCUACAUGAUCAAAACAAUAUCAAAUCAUAACUUCAUAACUUUCGUUAUGAGUCUGUUGAUGAAUGAAAAAGCUCACAGGAAAACACUCUUGACUUGACUGCUCAAGAUGCCUCAAAUAUGCACUUGGGAAUACAAUACUGUACAGUACAGCUAAUCAUAUUUCUUUUUAAUUAAUAGUUUAAUAAAUAGUUUGAAUGUUGUACCUCAAUACGUGUAGUUUGAGCUGUCUGAAUUAGGCUUAUAAAUUCUUAUAAAUGGUUUACUCCGGUUUUACCAAAGUGUAGAGCACUUAUAGUUUUAUCAUACUAUAUUAGUCUUGACACAAAAUACAAAUGGGUAGUUGACAGACUGAUAAGCAAAUUUGUCCUAUGGUGUGACUGCAACUAAGUCGAUUUUAUUUAUAUAGCGCUUUUCACAGUGUGGAUUGUUCCAAAGCAGCUUUACAGGAGAAAAACACAGAAAAUGUAAAACACAGCACGGUGCAUGGUGUUUAUAGAACAAGCAAGAUCAUUCUAGUAAAUAAUAUCUAAUAAAUGCAGUCUCCCGGUGAGCAAGCCAGCCAACACGGCCCUGUGGCGAGGAACACAAACUCCAAUGAUAAAUAAACGGAAAAAAAAAAACCUCGGGAGAAACCAGUCUCAGCCGGGCGGGCCAGGUCUCUGGAGUUAAAACUGGAGUUGUUAUCGUAUUUUCUGGACCUGGUUAGAACUCUGGCAGCUGCAUUCUUUACUAACUGUAGUUUGUUUAUUGAUGAUGCAGAACAACCACUAAGCAGUGCAUUACAGUAGUCAAGUCUUGAGGUCACAAAUGCAUGAAUAAGCUUCUCUGCGUCAGCAACAAAUAUGUAAAAUAUGAAUAGACAUUAUAUGAAUUAAUAACAUUGAUAAAACUAAGAAAUAAUCAUUUAAUCUUCAGAAUUCAGUUAAUGUGCGUUAAUAUCACCACCAAACUUUCGGCAUAGGCAGAUAUCACUCAAAAUAAUCUGUAUCGGUGGAGAAAUUUAGUAUUGAUGCAUCUCUAGUAUAAAGCAAUGUAAUUUCAAUUUAUCAAUCUGAAUUUGCUGUCACAGCAUAGGACACACAUACGAU